AUGUUCAGCGUCUCGCGGCGCGUUGCGCGCGCGACGGCCUUCAUCCUCUUGCAGAACCGCGCCUUGGCCAUCACGCGCCUGGGCACCAAGGACCCGCGCAUGAGUCAAAUUGUGAUGCACGGCGACACCGUCUAUCUCUCCGGCCAAGUUCCUGCGGACUUUGAGGCGCCGCUCGCGGACCAGGUCAGCUCGACGCUGGCCAAGGUCGACGCGCUGCUCGACGAAGCCGGCACGGACAAGUCGAAGCGCGCGGCCGCGUUGCUGUCGGCGACCAUCUACGUGAAAUCCAUGGAUCACUUCGCAGAAAUGAACGGGAUCUGGAACGACUGGAUCGACUCCGAGAACAAGCCCGCGCGCGCGUGCGUCGAGGCCCCGAUGGCGCGGCCCGGGAUCCUCUUCGAGGUCGUAUGCGUCGCGGCCAAAUAA